GUCCCUCUCUGGACUCACCGGGCCUGCAUCUCCGUCUGUUUAUUCAUAUUAAUUAUCAUUUUUUUCCAUCCCAAGCCCAGUUGGAGUGUGUCGUCUUUUUAGGAGAGAAAGGCUUCCAGGGAUGGAGUCGAUGCCCGGACAGCUUCGAGACGCGGGACGAGACGCCAGCUCUUCCCCCAGUUCAAAGCAGGACGCACAGAGCUUCUCCAGCCCCAGCUCCCUCAAGCCAAACCAAGUGAGUGAGACUUCGCUGUAUGGGGUGCCCAUCGUGAGUCUGGUUAUAGACGGUAGGGAGAGACUCUGCCUGGCGCAGAUUUCUAACACCCUGCUGAAAAACUACAGCUACAACGAGAUCCACAACCGCCGGGUCGCUUUGGGCAUCACCUGCGUGCAGUGCACCCCUGUCCAGCUGGAGCUCCUGCGGCGCGCCGGGGCCAUGCCCAUCUCCUCCAGGCGCUGUGGCAUGAUAACCAAACGGGAGGCCGAGAGGCUCUGCAAGUCCUUCCUGGGAGCCCACAGCCCCCCGAAGCUGCCUGAAAAUUUCGCAUUUGAUGUGUCUCAUGAAUGCGCCUGGGGCUGCAGGGGCAGCUUCAUACCCGCCAGAUACAACAGCUCCAGAGCAAAGUGCAUCAAGUGCAGCUUCUGCAACAUGUAUUUCUCCCCAAAUAAGUUCAUUUUCCACUCCCAUCGCACCACGGAAUCCAAGUACCUGCAGCCGGACGCGGCCAACUUCAAUUCGUGGAGACGCCACCUGAAACUGACGGACAUAAAAAAUGAGGACAUUAACCACGCGUGGGAGGAUGUAAAGGCCAUGUUCAACGGGGGGAGUAGAAAGAGGACUCUGCCCAUGAGCGGGUCGGGAAUGUCCUCGUCGAUGAAGUCGCAGGCCUCGUCCAGCCUGACCCAAACCAGUUCCCCUGAGAUCCCUCACAAAACUUUAAGGUGCGACGAGGAUCAGGGGAAUAAUAGCCUGAGUCUGGCGAGCGGCGCUCGGACCUACCCAGUCAUCCCUGUGCCCAGCAAGAGCUUUGGCAUGCUUCAGAAAAUCCCCCCGCCUCUGUUCCCUCACCACCCCUAUGGUUUCCCCAGCUAUGGGCUGUGUCAGAAAAAGAGUGACGGUGUGCCAGACGCGAACAAAACUAAUGUCCCUGGUGUGUUUUGGCCUGGCGCGAAGGACAACCUGUACCCUGCUUUCCCGAUGUUUUGGCCUACAGCUGGAGGCCUACCUAUGCCCCCCUACCCGGGGUCUCCACCCAAACCUCCUCCAGAGCUGCCCGGCGUCCGGCAGGGCGAGCUUGACUUAUCGGACCAAAGCGACCGGGGCGCAAACACACCCAAAGACUCCAGCCACCACCCUCAUCAUCAGCAGGACGGCGGAGAGCGCUGCUCCAGCUCCCAGUCCUCCUCCACCAGGAACGACGAGGACAAGUCCGGGGACGAGACGUCUCAGAGGAAAAUCAGCUACAUUUCGGCCUUCAGACCUGUGGUCAAAGACGCGGAGACCAUCGCAAAACUCUACGGCAACCGGGACGGCUACGGCGCGCGCCCUGGCUACCUGUCCCCGGAUUUUAUCAGCGAGAGCUCCAGUUACAGAUCGAUAUCACCGGACAGGGACAGCGUGGAGGACGAUGACGACGACCCGGACGUGGAUGUGGAGUCCAACCGUGGGCAAGACGAGGAUGAACCGAUCCAGAUCUCGCUGGAAGAGGACCGCCAUGACUCCCCCGUUCAGGACCGGGUCUCCUCGGGUGCUGAGGAGAGCCAGGAGCAGCCUGACGCCUCCAGCCCCGGAGCAGCAGCAGCAUCGCCGGAUGAUUCCGUGCACACUGGGUCAUCAGAUGAGGACAGACGGAUGCGUAAUGGCUCUCCUCUUCAUGAAGUGUACGCCCAUGAAAAGGACGAGCCUCCGACAUUUGGGUCCAAACAAACGAGCAGAUCCAACGGUGUCCAUCACGUGUCUGAAAUACAGAACCACCGCAGUGCAACAUCCCAGCAGGAGCAGAAGGACAGACAAGCCGAUGGAGCUUUACGCAUCGAUAUCAGCGUGCGUGAACGAGAUCUGGAGAACAUGGCCAAAGAGGAAUUGCAGAAGCAGCUUGUGGAGCAAGUCGAGCUGAGGAAAAAACUGGAGAGAGAGUUUCAGCAUUUAAAAGAUAAUUUUCAGGAUCAAAUGAAGCGUGAGCUGUCCUACAGAGAGGAAAUGGUCCAGCAGCUGCAGAUUGUUCGAGACACUUUGUGCAGCGAGUUGGACCAAGAGAGAAAGGCUCGUUAUGCAAUACAGCAGAAGCUAAAAGAAGCUCAUGACGCCCUUCACCAUUUCUCCUGCAAGAUGCUCACCCCCCGCCAGUGUACCGGAGCCUGCACCUUCAAACCCCCGCUGCUGCCUCCCUAG